AUGUUUGUAAAGUUCCUGGAGAUCGAGUCGUCGCCUUCGAUGCCCGCACCAAAACUCCUCGUCCAUGAAAUCACGCCUCUGAGCGCGCCGCCUCCGAGGAGAACCAACAGCGCAGCGUCAGGCUCCGCCGCAGAUUGUCAUGGUUACCUUCAGCUGGGAAAGGAACCAAUACCUAAUAUCCAAGAGUGGCAACAAGUGUCAGGGUGCGUGGAAAAGCCCACCUACAGCAGGGACUCCUGCACCUUCAGAGAGCAGAUCCUGCCGGACGGCUACAGUGUCUACACCUCGGUCACACACGGGGCCCUGCUCAGUCUGGGAACCCCACGGCAGAGGAAGCAGGGCCGGGACCGAGGCAUGCCGGCUCUGGCUCAGUUCCUCCCCAGGGUCAGCAGCCUGGAUCAGGUCCCUGACCCUGGACCGGAUGUCCCUGAGCAGCUGGAACAGAGGAGGCCGACAGAAGAACCUGUGGAUGCCAUGGACUUGUUUGGGCAGCUCUCUAAGAUCAUGCACAGCCCCAGCUUCCACAAGAGAUGAGACAGAGUGAAGGGACAGCAGUGAAGGGAUUUGUCCUGAGGGAUCUUUGUCUGAGAGCAUGCGCCCCUCCCUGCGUGUUGAGGU